AUGCGGUUCCAUUCGUGUCCUCCGCUCGCCGCCAGCACUGGCCUCCAUGUGUUGUCCCAUGCUAAUGUUCUCGUUCUCUCGCUAAUGUUCUCGGUUCUAUCGUCUCCUCACCCUGCCGCUUGCAUGAUCCUUAACUGCCGUCGCUACGUCCGUUCCCCCUCACCCGCCUCCCUCCCCACGUCCCCCCCGGUUUUGGCGCUGUGUGUGCGCAUGGCAUGCGUGGGCGCGUGUGUACGGCACGCGUGGACGCUGGUGCUGAAGGUGGCGAAGCGCUUACCGCAGCAUCUAGUAGCGGGGUUCUACACCGUUGAGGCGAAGGCGGAGGGCACGGGGGAACGACUCGGGCUGGAUGUUAUCACUUUCGCGGGCGAGCGCGCGCCUCUCUGCAGAUUACGAAGAGGCUGCGGACCCAAGAUCGGCAAGUACUACGUGGCGAUAGAUGAGUUUGAGCGGGUAGUGCUGCCGCACCUCAUGCCAUCGGACACCACACGACUUCACAUCGUGGAUGAGAUCGGGCGCAUGGAGCUAUGCAGCGACAAGUUCAGAGACGCUGUGCUCAACCUGCUCGCCUCUCCCGUUGCCGUGUUUGGUGCGCUGCCCGCCCCUCGUUAUGGUCACACGUUGGAGCUAGUAGAGGAAAUCAAGCAGCGCGCCGACACAGCCGUGCUCACACUCACCAAGGCAAACAGGGAUGCCACAGCGGUGCAGAUAGAGGAGCUUCUCACUCGGUUGAUUCAGGAGGGAGAAAAAGGGGGGGGGGGGGUUGUUGGGGAAGAGGGGGAGGGGAACGGGGGAGUGGGCGGAGUGGGGGGAUUGGGGGGAGACGCUGGGGGGAAUGAGGGCGAGGGGGAGAGCAAUAUUGGGGUGGGUGGGGGGAGUUCGGGAUACGGAGGGGUGAGAGGAGCAGGAACUGGUGUGGCGAAUGCCGUUCCGGCAGCAGCAGCAGGUUUGGGGACCGGAGCAACAGGUCCGGCGUUGAUAAGCGGAGGUUCGGGAGCGGGGAUGAAUCAUGUGCUGGCCGCGGUGCAAGCUCAUGUGGCUAAUGCGGACCUCUUUGAUGGCUCUCAUACUGUUCAUGGGUAG